ACUGUUUUAGUUUACCCUAUGGUCACUAUUAUUUGUCCUCCAUUAUAUCCUUCAGGAAGAAAGCGGUUUUGUUAUUUAUGAGAACAUGAUGUCAUCCACGUAUGAAGUGGGCAUUGGACCUCGUGGAUCAAUUACGAGGGACAGUUCUUAUGAGCUGAAGUUCCAGUGCAGGUAUUCGGGAUCAGCAGUUGAGGCUCUGGUGGUGGAGGUGAAUACGGUUCCUCCUUCUCCCCCUGUCUCUCAGAACGGCCCACUCAGAGUGGAGCUCAGGCUCGCCAAUGGACAGUGCACUACUAAAGGAUGCUCUGAUGAGGAUAUGUACACCUCGUACUACUCGGAGGCAGACUACCCUGUUACUAAAGUGUUGAGAGAACCUGUGUAUGUGGAGGUGCGGAUUCUGGAGAGGACUGAUCCAAACCUUAUCCUGGUCCUAGACCACUGCUGGGUCACUUCUAAUCCUGAACCCAUGAGUCUGCCUCAGUGGGACCUUUUGCUAAAUGGCUGUCCAUAUAAGGUUGACCAUCACCUGACCAUAAUGCUUGCUGUUGGACACUCAGGACUGCAGUACCCAUCUCAUUACAAACACUUUGUUGUGAAGAUGUUCACUUUUGUAGAUCAGUCCUCGCUUGUGCCUCUGCAGAAAAGGAUUUUUAUUCACUGCACUACGUCUGUUUGCCACCCCUCCACCACUGAGUCAUGUGAGCCCAGCUGUGGCAGCAGGACAAGAAGGUCCAUUUCAGAAGACUUGAAGGAUUGUGAGGAAACCGUUGUAGUUUCGAGUGGGGAGGUUAUACUUCUAUCCCAUUUGCCGGUUUCUGAGGCAAAUCUUGCUGAUAAGGAAGUCCCGCAGAUAUUGGAUUAUGGAUUAUGGGUGGCAGGAGCUCUCACUGUAUUUGGUGUCUGUGGGCUUGUUUUAAUACAGCGGGCCAAACCUCACCCUCAGCCCGCUCCAGUGUGACGUUAAUAAAAUGACAAAAAAAUGUGGCCUCUUGAGCGAUCACUUGUAUAAAU